AUGGAGUUUCUUGAGAGAACUUAUCUUGUGAAUGAUCAAGCCACCAAGAUGUACGCCUUCACUCUAGACAGAGAACUUCGACAGAAGCCUGUGAAUAAAGAUCAGUGUCCUGGAGACAGGCCAGAGCAUCCAGAGGCAGGAGGCAUCUAUCACUGCCACAACAGCGCCAAGGCCACAGGGAACAGGUCGAGCAAGCAAGCGCAUGCCAAGUGGAGACUCUGUGCUGCUUCAGCAAUAUGCUUCAUCUUUAUGGUGGCAGAGGUGGUGGGUGGACACGUUGCUGGAAGUCUGGCUAUCCUCACUGAUGCGGCUCAUCUCUUAAUUGACCUGACUAGUUUCCUGCUCAGUCUCUUUUCUUUGUGGUUGUCAUCGAGGCCCCCUUCCAAGCGGCUGACAUUUGGGUGGUAUCGAGCAGAGAUCCUCGGUGCCCUGCUGUCUGUCCUUUGCAUCUGGGUGGUGACUGGUGUGCUGCUGUACCUUGCCUGUGAGCGCCUCUUGUAUCCUGAUUACCAGAUCCAAGCAGGCAUCAUGAUCACUGUUUCAGGCUGUGCAGUGGCAGCCAACAUUGUACUAACUAUGAUUUUGCACCAACGGAACCUUGGCCACAACCACAAGGAUGUACAAGCUAAUGCCAGUGUCCAAGCAGCCUUUGUACAUGCCCUGGGGGAUGUAUUUCAGAGCAUCAGUGUGCUAAUUAGUGCUCUCAUUAUCUACUUUAAGGGUCCUAUGAUUCCUUUGUCAGGUGUUCCAAAGGGCCUGAGUUACAACAGUGUGAAAGAGAUCAUCCUCGCAGUUGAUGGCGUGAUCUCCGUGCACAGUCUACACAUCUGGUCAUUGACUGUGAACCAAGUGAUUCUCUCUGUUCAUGUUGCUACAGCUGCCAGCCAGGACAGCCAGUCUGUGCGGACAGGAAUUGCUCAAGCCCUCAGCAGCUUUGAUCUGCACUCUCUUACCAUUCAGAUAGAAUCUGCAGCAGACCAGGACCCCAACUGCCUUCUCUGCGAAGACCCUCAGGACUAG